AUGGUGAAUCUGGAUGACUUGUUGGGACUUAUAUACGUAUCGGUAUGGUCGGUGUCGAUGUACUCACCGUUAUUAGUCAACUACAGACAACGAUCAACAAAGGCCAUAUCUGUGGAUUUCGCCAUUUUAAAUACAGCAGGGUAUACAUAUCUAAUGAUAUCGAUGGCACUGCAACUAUAUUUCUGGAUUUCUGUUACAAACGACGUUGAAAGACCCAAAGUCACGCAGUUUGAUAUGUGGUAUUGUGCACAUGGGUUUCUACUGAAUCUUGUACUACUGUCCCAAAUUGUGUUUGGACGCAAGUUAUGGAAUUUUCAUAGGGAUAACAAACUAAGAAGGAUGAAACAAGGGUAUUACAGAAUCUUAUGGGUGUCCAUUGUGAUAUUUAUGAUACUAAGUGGUCAGUUUAUACUUGAAAAUAGGACACAAGGUUGGGACAACUCCCGAACACUAAAUUAUUGCAACAAUUUGUUCUUGCUGAAAAUCAGUAUGUCCUUAAUUAAAUACAUCCCACAGGUAAAACAUAAUUAUGAUAGAAGAUCUGUGAAAGGGUUUGCAAUACAGGGUGUUAUCCUGGAUGUUACUGGUGGGGUAGCUUCGCUAUUACAGUUACUUGUGCAGCUGUCCCGGGAUCAAGGAUUUACAUUAGCAACACUUUUGACGAAUUUCGGAAAGAUAGGUAUUGCAUUGGUGACACUUAUCUUCAAUUUUAUAUUUAUUUCACAAUGGCUACUUUAUAAAUGA